AUGACCACACAGAUCCUGGACAACGCUGAGUUCUUAUCCGCACUGGACACACACCUCUCGACUCUGGAAAUGCCUCAACCGUCCGAGACUCGACAACAAUACUGGGACGGAGCCAAGGACAAGGUCAAACGAUUUACGGCUGGUCGGCAUAUUGCCGACAAUGGCAUGGUCCUUAACAAUCUUCGUGACUACUGCAGGAACAGGAAGCUGAAGCAUGUUGGAGUUCUACUGGACCAGGAAAAGGCCUAUGAUAGAGUUCACCCAGAGUACCUGGAGAUGGUGAUGGAGAGAUUUGGCUUCCCCCAACAAGUCAUCAGGAUCAUCACCACCCAUCAGCACAACGGCGGCCUUGGGGUUCCGGCCAAGCAGCAACAGACCUUCCUCAUCAAGCACCUUCGAAACGCCACAACUACGUCAGUACCCUAG